GCUUUACGUAGACAUCUCACUUCCUGGUUACGUUUGUGCAAACUGUCAGGGACCAACAGCUGUCAUGUCAACAACAACGAAACAACGUUUGAUAGUUGUAAAAAAGAAGAAUGCUAUCGAAAUGUGAUCUUCACGUUGGAGGCAGGAGGAGGAGCAGCGUCUGAGAGGAGCGAGGGGGCCAACACGGACGACCCGUGGAGGGAGAGAGUGAGUUAGAGGAGGGACAGGCGGAAGGACGGAAGAAAACACAGAGGAAAUUGAAAAAAGGGGGAAGCAUAUUAAAGGGUAUAAGUCCCCCCCCCACCACCACCACCACGACUACCAGCCACAGCAGAGGUGCCAGCUACUGAACUGGAAUGGAAGACUUCAGGAGGACCUACCUGCGGGUGUGUAAGGAGGGGGGCGUGGAGCCACAGGAGUCCAUCCUGGCCCAGCUGCAGGGGUCCAGGGGGGCCUUGGAGAGCUCCAGGCUGGACCUGAGAGGACACAGCCUCUCAGCAGACACCUGUAGUGUCCUGGGCAGAGUCCUCCAGAAGGACACACUCUUUAUCGAGCUAGCCCUCAGCGAUUGCAUGCUCAGCGAGGAAGGUGCCAAGCUACUUCUACAUGGGCUGUGUGCCAACACCACAGUUAAGGUCCUCGAUCUGAAGGGUAACAACUUGAGAUCAACCGGUGCCGAGGCUUUGGGGAAGCUUCUGGCGAGAAACAAGACGCUGCGCAGGCUGGUUCUGGAGUGGAAUGCAUUGGGGAUGUGGGAUGAGGCCUUCUCCAUUUUCUGCGAGGGCCUUGCCUCCAACACCAAUCUGUCACAGCUGGACCUGCGCAAUAACCAGAUAAACCACCAGGGAGCCUCAGAGCUCUCACUGGCUCUGAAGAGGAACAGCACUCUGCAGGAGCUAGAUCUGCGCUGGAACAACAUCGGUCUACUGGGUGGUCGCUCGGUUCUGGAGGCUCUGCAGCACAACCGGACCCUGGUCCAGCUGGAGAUGGCUGGGAACAACAUCCCAAGCGACACACUCAAAGCCCUCGAACAGGCCAUGGAGCACAACUCAGACAGACAGUCCACUCUGAGAGAGAGCCGUAGCAGAACCCAGGUCCUCAGCAAGGAAAUCCAGAUCCUGAAGGAGGAGAAGGGCCGACAGUUCCUGAGUCUAAUGGAGACCAUCGACAAGCAGAGGGAUGAGAUGGGCCGCAGCAGCAGGUCAGCGUCCACCUCCAUCCAUGUGGGCCAGCUACAGGAAGCCCUGAAUGACAGGAAGUCGGUCGUUAACUCCCUCACCGCCAAGCUGCAGAUGACCGAGGCGGCGUUGACUCUGUCGGAGCAGAAGAACCACAACCUGCAGGAGCUGCUGGGGCGUCUGAAGAGUGAGAAGGACGACCAGAGGGAACGACAGAGCAGGGAGAGAAAGAAGGAGCAGGAGGACAGCGUGCUGCGGGAGGGGAAGCUUCUCAGAGAGAUGAACAACAUGUCAGAGACCAGCCUGCAGCUCAAGAACAAGGUGGAUGAGAUGGAGCGGAGGUGUAAGACACAGCAGGAUGUGAUCUUUGAGCUGAAGCAGGAGCUCACCAACAGCACAGCAGAGCUGAAGCUGAGGCUCGCGCAGGCAGAAGAGCGUCUGGACCUAGAGAGAAAGAGGUCCAAGCAGGCUGUGGAGGACAUAGACGGCCUACGGCAGAAAGAGGUGGACCAUGUGAAUCGUCACCUGGAGGAGAGUGAGAGAGGCCUGCAGGAGAGGAUCCUCAAGCUGGAGGGACAGCGCAUUCACCUGGAGGAGGAGCUGAGCAGGGCCAAGGCAGCGUGUGUGACUGAGAGGGCCCAAGCAGAGGAGGAAAUGGGGAAGUUGCGCUCCCAAAUCCGCCUGGAGGAGCAGCAGAAUGUGAGUGCUCUGGAGGACAAGUUGCGAGCGUUGCGUCAGUCCAGGGAUGAGUCCCAGUCCCACUGCACCCAGCAGAAGCAGAGCAUCGCUGAGCUGCAGGCGCGCAACAGCCAGCAGAGCCUGGAGAUGGACGGCCUGCGCCGUCGGAUAGACGAGCUGCAGCAGGAGCUGUCGGGUAAGGACCAGGAGCGCGUGGCGGAGGUGAACAGGGUGAGGGUGGAGCUUCAGGAGCACAUGGGUCACCUGCAGGCCGAGAGGACAGCUCAGGGCGGACUGAAGGAGAAGAUCGCCGCCCUGGAGAGAGAGAUGAAAGGUCUGUCCAGUAGCCACCGGGAGGCGCUGCUCGACAGGGAGAGUGAGAUUGCGUCGCUGUGUGAGAAGCUGCGCCUGAGAGACGCUGAGAUCCAGAGGAUGAGGGAGGACGAGGCCCAGAGGGCCAGCUUCCUCCAGAGCGCCAUCCUCACCUACGUACAGGGCUCCCCACUGCACUACAGUCCCAAGAAAUGAACCCUGGCCCUUGAACUAUGACCUACACACCAUACCUGUAUCUCUAUGCUUGUUUACAAACAUCUCAGGUCUGCACUCACUGGGGUCACUGAUAUCCAUAACUGGCUCAAAAUACUAUUUGAAAUAUUUUCGGAAAUACUGAGGUGUUAUUGAUUCUGCCUGGUGUUUCAGGUGGAUGAUGCUCAUUUGUUUACAUUUUGCCAGACAAAAAAGCACAGAUAAAUCAUUUCAAAGUAUUCCUAAUAGUAUUUUGACAGCAGUCUGCUGAUGUAUUGGCAAUGCUGGCCUACAUUUUACCCAUCUGUUUAGGUCACACCUCAACAUCUUUACAAGCACAUUUUUAUUUAGUUCAUCCACUUGCCUUCGUCUGUUUCGGGUGCUCAGCCUGUGUACGUACGGACACCUCAUAAUCAGGCGCUUCACCACUCUGAAUCAUCCCUGAGGAUCCACAGCACUGGAACAUUCUCUCAGACUCUGACUGAGCUCAGUCUGUCUGUAAGUUUCAAAACAGCCUGUUUACCAAGAGCCCACAGUCUGUUUGUGUUUUAACAUGAAGCCACUGUUACACAUAUCAGUGACUGGUGUGAGUUGUGUGUUUUCAAUUCGAUUUUAUAUUGAGUAUAAUGAACGUUGUUUUCUAUUGUGUUUUUACUAUUUUCUAUUGGUACGAUUGGAUCAGUUUUUUCUAUCAAUAAAACGUGUUGAA